AUGCAGGAGCAGCAGCCGGCUGCGGCGGUCGUGCCGCCUGCAGACGCAGGUUGGCAUUCGCAUCUGAAAUUUGCGGGAGAUGUGCGUCAAGGUGGGCAGACUGGUCGGAAUCUGUGGCAUGAGAGCGCUGAGAGAUGGAGGCAAUGGAGCCGCACCGGCGGAGGAGGAAAGGGAGUGGUUGCAGCUGCGGCGACCAACACGGCCGCUGCUUGCGUACGCCGUAGGACCAGCACUGCCGGCGGUAGCAGCGGUAGCGAAGGCCCGGACGGCAGCGGUAGCAGAGCCGGGGACGGCGGCGGGUCUAGCGAGGCUGGCGGCGGGAAAUCUCCUAAGCGUGUGGUUUCAGAGCAUGUGGCGAGGCAGCAGAGCGCGGCUGCGAGCCAGCUAGACCCCGUGGGAGCGCACGACAGCAGCCAGCAGGUGUAUGGUGCCGCUAGCGGCGCGCAGACCAGUGGACACUAUGGGCUGCCGCCGCCUCUGGACGAUCUCCGCCCGCCUCUGCCGCCCCCGCAACAGAUCAACUCCCAAGCCGAGACCGACGCGGUGAAGCGUGUUAACUGGGGCGCCGACAGCGCGUCGGAGGGUGAGGACGGUCUUGGAGGCGGCGGCGGUGGUGGCGGUGGCGCGUCUGGUCCGUCUUGGGUCGGGCAAACCGUGUGGGCAGUGCCGUGCAGUACGGUUGGGUACGGCACCCGGGCGGAGGUGGUGGCACGACUUCCCGCCAGCAUCAUGCUGUUGCGGCAUGCGGAAUGCAUGACGUUGGACGAGCUUCAGGCCCACGAACGCGUGCCCAAUCACGACAUCCCGUUAUCCCGGCUCUGCCCCCACCCUGGGUUGGGUGGGAUCCUGGCGGAGGAAUUGGAGGAGGAGGGUCUGGUCAGUGGUGUACGGGAAGCUGUACAGCUGCGUGAACAGGACUGGGGGAACUUUCAAGACCCGCGGGUGCAGGCGGACUGUAAGGAAGAGCGGCUGCGCUACGGCCGAUUCUACUACCGCUUCCCGUCCGGGGAGUCCGUCGCCGACGUGUACGACAGACUGACCAUCUUUCAAGACCACCUGGUGCGAGAUAUGUGCGCUGGCAGGUUCGCAGAAAACACAUGUGUGGCCAUCGUGUCACACGGCCUGACAUUGCGGGUGUUCGCGAUGCGGUGGCUGCACUGGACCGUACGGCAGUUCCUGCAGGUAUACAACAUCCCCAACGCCGAACCGGUGCUGCUACACAAGGACGUGCACCCGAGCUACCUGGAGGGGGACCAUGCAAAUCUGCCUUUCAUGCCGCACCACACCAAGUGCCUGUACCGGCUCACGCCCCGCGCUCUGGAGCUAAUGCGCGGGGCGGACUGCUCCAUGGCCACGUCUAACGGUUGCUGGCACACCAAGGUGCUGGCGCAGCCCACAGCUCUCAACGCCGAAGAGGAAGACAGGUUGUGGGCAGAUGUGGACGGCAUGGUGUGA